UCCCGAUAAAUUGAGCUGAGGACGCUGUUACCCAGCAGGAGCGCAGGCGAGAGCGUCAGCGGUGAGAGCGCAGGAUAUUCCCAGACGGCUACAUUAUGAGAUCGGGCGCUCAAGCGCUGCUGCUGCUGCUGUGGGCGAUUUGGGGCUGCGCGCUUGGUUCAGAGAAGAACGUUUGGAGCAGGUUUGCGCAUCUCCCUUUCCCCGAGGACAACCUGUUCCUCUAUGGCACCUUCCCCCCGAACUUCAUGUGGUCUGUGGGUACAGCCGCUUACCAGGUGGAGGGAGGUUGGCAGCAGAAUGGCAAAGCCGCAUCUAUCUGGGACACUUUCUGCCACGAGAGUGGGCUAGUGGAUGCCACGGGGGACGUGGCCACUGACAGCUACAACAACCCGUACAGAGACACUGAAGCCUUGGAACACCUGGGGGUCACUCACUACAGGUUCUCCAUCUCUUGGUCAAGACUCUUUCCAAACGGCACCGAAUCGGGUGCCAACCAAGCAGGACUGUCCUAUUACCUGAAAGUGAUCCUCAGGCUGAAGGAGCUCAGGAUUGAGCCGGUGGUGACUCUGUACCAUUGGGAUUUGCCCCAGAGGCUGCAGGACAUGUAUGGGGGUUGGCUCAAUGACUACAUGGUGGACAUCUUCAGAGACUAUGCUGAGGCUUGCUUCAGGCUUUUUGGAGAAGAAGUGAAGUUCUGGAUCACAAUUGACAAUCCCUAUGUGGUGGCAUGGCAGGGCUACUCUACUGGCAAUGUGCCGCCUGGCAUCAAAGGGGGAAAACUACAGGGUUAUAAAGCUGGCCACAAUAUUAUAAAGGCUCAUGCUGCAGCUUGGCACCUCUACAAUGAGAAAUUUCGUCCUCAGCAAGGAGGUCAGAUUUCCAUAGCCCUCGCUUCUCACUGGAUAAACCCUGUCAAUAUGACAAGUCAUGAUAUUGGAGAAUGCCAAAAGUCCCUAGACUUUGCAUUGGGAUGGUUUGCCAAACCAAUCUUCAUAGAUGGGGACUACCCUCAAACUAUGAAAAACAAUCUCUCUUCCCUUCUACCGGAAUUUUCAGACCAGGAGAAGAAGUUCAAUAACGGCACCGCUGACUUCUUUGCUCUCUCCUUUGGGCCUAAUCUGAGUUUCCAAAUGUUAGACCCAGAUAUGAAAUUUCGGCAAGUGGAGUCCACGAGCCUUAGGAGAAUCCUUUACUGGAUAAACAUGCAGUACAACAAACCAAGAAUCUUUAUUGUGGAAAAUAGCUGGUUUCUCUCUGGAAAUACUAAACGGGAGGAUGCAAAGUAUAUGUAUUAUUUGAAGAAGUUCCUCAUGGAAACGUUAAAAGCAAUUAAACAUGAUGACGUUAAUGUUAUUGGAUACACUGCUUGGUCCCUGAUGGACGGAUUUGAGUGGCUCAGAGAAUACACCAUAAGGCGUGGAUUGUUCUAUGUCGAUUUCACAAGUCAUAACAAGAAGCUGAUGCCCAAAUCCUCAGCACUGUUUUAUCAGCAGCUUAUUAAGUUGAACGGAUUCCCACCGUUGCCAGAGAACCAACCAGUGCAAGGAACCUUUCCAUGUGAUUUCGCUUGGGGGACCUCGGCCUACAAGAUCCAUGUAGACACCACUCCCUCCCAAUUCAAUGAUCCUAAUGUGUAUGUAUGGGACAUGAACAAAACAAAAGGCCUCACUAAAGUGGAAGGAAUAACAGUCCCGAGGAGGAAAACUCAAUGCGUUGACUUUGCUUCUAUCAGACAGCAAAUCUCUAUGCUCCGUGAGAUACAUAUCACUCAUUUCUACUUUUCACUAAAGUGGGCUGCAAUCCUUCCUCUUGGAAAUCUGACUCUAAUAAACCACAAGGUCUUACACUACUAUCAGUGCUUUGUGAGUGAGCUGGUCCGGGUGAACAUUACGCCAGUAGUUGCCCUGUGGCAGCCUCUCGCUGAGAACCAAGGUCUACCAAAUGAUCUAGCUAAAAAUGGAGGAUGGGUGAACUACCUUACCGUCACUGCCUUUGUUGAGUAUGCAAGACUUUGCUUCAGAGAACUUGGCAACUAUGUGGGUAUGUGGAUAACCAUGAAUGAACCUUCUAUGAGAAAUCUCACCUAUGCUGCUGGCCACAAUCUUCUGAAAGCCCAUGCACUAGCCUGGCGUCUGUACGACAGAGACUUCAGAAAAACGCAGAAAGGACAAAUAUCCAUCGCAGUCCAAGCAGAUUGGGUAGAACCAGCAUCCCCUUUCUCUAACAACGAUAAAGAAACCAGCAGGAGGAUCUUGGAAUUUGAAAUUGGCCGGUUGGCUGACCCCAUUUUUCUUAGCGGAGAUUACCCAAAAGUGAUGCGGAAUUGGCUGGCCCCAAGAAACAACCUUGACGUAUUUGAGUUUUAUUUGCCUUCAUUCACAGAGGAGGAUAAAAAUUUGAUCCAAGGAACGUUUGAUUUUUUCGCUUUAAGUCAUUACACCACCGAACUUGUACAGUGGGAGAAAGAAGAUGUGUCCAAGUACGACCACAAGCUGGAAGUUCAGUUUAUUUCAGACAUCACUUGGGUGCACUCCCCUAAUAAACAUGCCAUUGUUCCAUGGGGGUUACGGAAAGUUUUGAACUGGGUUAAAUCCAAGUAUGGUGACGUUCCAGUUUAUAUUUUAGUUAAUGGCAUUGAUGAUGCUCACAGUCCCAUGCAAGAUAAGUUAAGAGUCUAUUACUUGCAGAACUACAUUAACGAGGCUUUGAAAGCAAUCCUUCUUGAUGGAGUCAACCUACGUGGAUAUUUUGCCUACUCCUUUAAUGACAGAAUGGAUCCCAGAUAUGGCCUGUAUGCUUAUGCUGCCAACCGCUUCGCUCCAAAGCCCUCCAUGAAACAUUAUCAAGAAAUCAUAGACAAUAAUGGUUUCCCAAAUCCUGAGCUGCCAAUCAUCACAUGCCCAGUGGAGCUGGUCCCAUGUUCCGACUGCCACUUCUUCCAGACCAGAAAAUAUCUCCUGGCAUUUAUAGCCUUUAUAUUUAUUGUUUUAAUCGUGUCUGUUUUUAUGAUCACAUAUUAUUCAAGAAAAGGUAAAAGGAGAUACAAGUAGUGAUCCUGUUCCAGAUGAGAUGUGACACGAGCAUUUUGCACAAUCACAUGUAACUGUCCCUUUGGCUGAAGGAAGGGCAAGCAAAAUAUUGGUUCGUCCUGCUGGUACCAGAUUCCUUAUGCAUCAUGAUACAAUCUUCUUAUGGCCGGCCUGGCAUCCGUGGGGAUCAACCAGGGCCCCUUUUGCACUGCCGGAUACUGUGAACCAUUGUAUAGGAGAGUCCUAUGCUGGUGAACCCCAUAGGCUGCUUUGUAGAAAUCUAUUUUUGUUAAUUCUUCUUGUAUUGUCUAGAACUUCUAUAUGUAAACUUCUUGCACUAUUUAAUCAAAGCAUUUUAUUGGAUUGGUUAGGAAAUACACAGUAACUGGCAGCCUUCUUUAAAAUGUAGCUGUCACAUAUUGGCCAACAUUUUUUUAUGGGCAGGUUUAUGCCUGCUGGUUUAUAUCAGAUACCUGUAAGUUGGCAGCACAACAGCUUAUAUUGAGGGGAGUCGUUAUUAGUAAUCAAAUAUGAAGCAUAGUACAUGUCUCCUGAAAAGAUUUCCUAUGUAUCCAAUACAAAAGGCAAUAAACUUGGGCAACUGUCAACAAGAAUUAGAAUUUCAUCACCUGGGAAGGUGAUUUGUGACUCUUCUCCCCUGUUCUGAUUAAAUCUAAUACCCACCCUGUUACAGUGCCUAAGGCCUAUAGACCUGGCAUCUUUCUAUUGCCCACUCUCAGCAACCUUAGCCAUGCACGGGCCAAUAAAAGCUGCCAACUUGGCCCUUCUGGAGCUUAUUGGCCCAUGUAUGGGGCCCUCCAAAGGACCUGCCCAACAAUAGCUGACUGAAAUCGAUGUUGAUAAAUACAAGGGAAAAAUCUGCUUUUUUUGUGAUCUUGCCAUGGUAGACUGCAAUGCAGGCUAUCGGGAGAGGACCGUAUCAAUGACCCAAUGUGGUCUUUAUUCCAACAGCAUUUUUAAACCUGUCUGAUAGAUAUCUGUAUACCUAUUUUGACCACAAAUCUAUGAGAUGGACCAUCUGACAGAGCCCAUACAGGCUCAAGUAAGCUGCUGACUUGGUCUGAAGGUGUGAACAGCUGCUUAAAUCUGCUUGUGUACGGCCAAGAACUGACUUAUAUGGCUUUGUGCAUGUGACUUCGCCACCAUACAACUUUUUGUUUUGGCUUUCUUUCCUAUUAAUAACAUAGAUGUCACGCAUCAUUUUCACCCCACCAGGCAGAUAUGCAGACUCACAUACUAAGGUGACUAACCGAGACAGUAUCCUUCUUUACGACUAAAAAGAAAAAAUUUAAGGCACACUCGUGGAGUGAAAGCCACUGUUUAUUAUAACAUUAAAAACAGGUGGCUGCUGUGGAAUGGAUGCCUAAAGCGUUUCGAGAACACCUCUUAAUUCGAACUUUCUUUGGAGAUGUUUUGCAGGCCACAAGGAGAAACUAGAGUACUAAAGCCCAAAAAAGAAUAUGGGUAGAAUUACUGUAUUUUAUAUGCUAAACGUACAGUACCAGCCAAGAUAUUCAGCAGCCCUAUGUAAUGAUCUAUACCUGCAGGAGCUCCCCAUCUUGUCUCCUAUAGGUUUUGUCUGUUGCUUAGUGAUCUAUGGGAUGCUAUUAAGAAGAUAAUCUUAGAGAUUGUGGGAAAUUAGCAAAACAGUAUUUCAAAGGGAAGAUACACUUGUUUUAGUUGGCCUUAGCUCGAAUCAUAAGGUGUUGCAUUGCUAGACUAAUUCUUUUUUGACUAUUAAUUCUCCUUUAAUUCCAAACCAAAUUAAAUGUUUCAGACAUUGUAAAUGUUAAAAUAUACCCCAGUUCAUCAGUAUACAGUAAUUGUACAUUUCACAGCCAAUUCUGUCUUAAAAAUCAUUGACAAGGCCACACUGGAUAUUAAUUGAGGAAUACAUAUGACUGGUGAGAGCAUUUUAUUCUUGCUAAGGAAAAUGCACAUCUCCAAUAGGAAACUGACCACAACCUUUAUUUUUUGCAUAUCAUACUCUCUUAACAUGAUAAUAUUCAUAACACACCCAACAAAAGCCAAAUAAACACCUCUCUUGAUUGACUUUAGCUGGGCUUAACUUCAUAGUUGAAAACAAUUUACAGAUGCUUAGCCUUCUCAAAAAGAAAGAAACUGCUAUACUGUAUAUUUAUAUAUAAUUAUUUUGACUUCUACUCCCAUACUGUCAUUUAAGUAGUGCUUAAAUAUUAAUAGGCUGCUUCAGUGAGGUUCCAUCUCAUUUUAAAGGGAUUCUGUCAAGAUUUUUAUGGUGUAGUUUUUAUUUUGCAGCUGUAAAGAGUGACUGAAGUUUA